GCUGCUGGGCACAGGGGUUUCCCUGCAUCACCGAAUAAGAUGCUACAGGGGCCGGUUUAGCCUGGGCCCUCCUAAAAUGAAGGGGGGAUCCCCAUCUCUCCUGACUGCCCCCACCCUGCCCUGCGCCCUGCCUGGGCGAUGCUGAGGCUCUGCUCACACACGGAGGAGCAGCCCUGCUCUCUGCCAGCUCCGUCACCUCCCCAGAGCGGCUGCAGGGUCUGGCCCCGCACCAAAAGCAGAGGUUUCCUGGCCACCUGCAGACCACUCUGCCCGCCCUGGCCGGCGCGGGGAGCUCCCAGCCGCUCUCAUGCAUCUCCUUUAAAGGCCUUCUCUCAUCGGGCUCGCCGCCCGCAGCUCCGUCUGCCGCAGAUGCGGCUGCCCUGCCCCGCGGGGAGGCUCCGCCGCCGGCAGCAGCCCCGACCCCGGCUGCGGGUCCCGCCGUGCCCCGACCCCUCCCGGGGCUGAUGGGGACCCCCCAGAGCUGAGUGCCGGGUCCGAGCUGGGUGGCCCCAGCAUCUGCCUUCGGCUGUUUGAGAGGAGUUCCGACAGGUAAUGAUGGCCCGGGGAGCGUUUGGAAAAGUGAGGGAAAGUGCCCGGUCUGGCAUCUCAGGGGUUUCCUUAUGCCAAAGCAGCUGCGUGUCUCGUAUCUUUUCCAUCCGUAUCACCAAGAUAAGGAGCGAGUGUCUGUGAGGCUGUCAGAGCUGGGGAGAGCGGCAGGGUCAGCCGCGGCUGUGAUGGAUUGAGCACUUUGCAGCAGGGACCAGCCCUCCAGAGCACUCUGGUGCUCGCUGCUGUGAUGAGUUUGCCUGAUCCCUGCUGGCUGGAAGCCUGAGCCCCUGGGUGGAGGUGUCAUGCGACAAUUCCCACUCUAUAGGUGUGAAAUGGGCUGGCUUUGGCAGGUGCCAAGUGCUGCUUUUUACACCUUCAUCCGGGCUGAGCAGGCGCUGGGAGCUGGGGGAUGGCCCUGCUUGGUGCUGGGCUGACUUAGACCGAGCUUAGCCAAGGCUUUGCACAGGCACGAGGGGCUUCAAGCAGUCCCUGCUCUCUGUCCCCCUAGAUCUCUCCUGCAUUUCCUAUCCUGGACAAAAAAUUCUCCUUCUCUCCUAUAUCUGCAUGUCCAUGGCACAGCCUGCGAGGAGUCACUGUGGGACAGUCCCCUGUGCACAGAGAUUUCACCCUGGGCUGGGAGAGGGACUUUGUGGACUUCUGCAUCCUCCUCUGAUUCCUUAAACAUUGUGAAACAGCUUAAAUGAGUUAUCCAAGCUCCCUUAUAUUUGGAAAUUUUUAUAUUUGUCUGGGAGCUUGGGGAUUGUCCUCUCUGCAGCCUGGAGAACAGGGGGUUGCUCUCAUUCUGCACUGACUGCUCGCACUGCUUGGUGGCCGCAAAUUCACCUCCCCCCAUGAAGCUGACCCACAUCACAAGCCCAAAACGAGGAUUGCCCUGGGGGAAGGAAAUGGGGGUGGCAAGCAGAAAAGUUCACCCUCAGCACUGCCCAGAAAUGAAUUGAAUUUCUCAUUUGCCUUGCUCCAUGCCCGCCCAAAUCCCACCAGCCUCCCCUGAAUCACAGCGGGCCUCCCCACCUCUUUUCCCACAGAUGCCUCCACGCUAAGCAGAGGAGCUCGAAGCUCCUGCUGGGUGAGAAAACGCUUUAAAAAUAUAACAUUUAGAGGCGUUCUCCAUCUGCGCGCAGCUAAUGUGGGUCUCUCACGAUAGGUGUGCUGCUCCUGGAGCCUCUGCACUCCACAGAUGAAGGCACUGGAAGGGACCUCGCUGGGACAGGGGGAGGAGGAGGCGCAGGGACCGGCCCCGGGGCGGCGGCGGCGGCAGCGGCAGAGGACGAGCUCCAGACCCAGCCCCUCACCUCUCAGGGAGCAGCAGGCAGAGCUGUCCGGGCUCCCCCCAUCUCCGGAUGAAGGCAGGAUGAGCAGUCCCCAGGGACACCCAGGCGGGGUUUUGGCCUGGAGCGAGCAGAGCGUGGAGCAGGAGCCAGGCAGGGCCGUGCAGGAGCAGGCUGUGCACCCCGGGGACUGUGACAGGACUAAAGAAGACACAGAAACUCUGGAGGAGUCACUGCUGAGUCUCCCCAGUGAGCUCUCAGUGCUGGACAGAUUUGGCUUGCACAGGGUGGCUUUGACAGAGCAGGACCUGGAGGCAGCCUUUGCCCACCUAGCCCUGGCUUUUCGCUGCGACAUGUUCACCCUGCAGCAACGGGUGCUGGUGGAGAAACGGGCACGGGAUGCAGCAGAGGAAAACAUCCAGGAGGAGCUGGGGCAGUGCCGAGCUGCCCUGGAGAGGCUGGGCCGAUCCUGUGCCAGUACAGGCUGCAAGGAGACGCUGGAGCAGCUGCAGCACAACCUGGCCGUGCUGUCAGCUGCUGUUGAGCGGGCAACCAGUGCUGCAGAGAAGCUGGGGGCUGUACACCAGGAGGCCCGGAUGAGCCGAGCAGCAGAGGUGAUGGUGCAGCACGUGGAGAACCUGAAGCGGCACCACAUGCGGGAGCACGCGGAGCUGGAGGAGAUGAAGCGCCUGAUCCAGCAAAACUCCCGCAACCGGCAGCUGGCGGAGACCCAGGAUGAUGUGGAGCCACGGCUGAGACCUCACCCCCUGAAGAGAAGUUUCCAGCAGGGCUCAGCCCGCCGCAGAGUCAGCAUCGCCGUCAUCCCCAAGCAGCUCUUGCCAGGUGCCAGCCCUGAGAGCCGAGCAGCCCCAGCAGGUGACCCAGAGCCAGAGGGGGCCCAGCGCUGGCCCAGCACCCAGAGGAGUGAGCUGGAGCCACAGGGCCAGGACAGCGCUGGGACUGGGAAGCUGGUGGCAGAAGCAGAUGGAAGAGGCUCAAGCACAGGGGACGAGGAGCCGGAGCAGCUUGGGCUGACGUCCAAGGGGUCUGCAGCAGAGCUGUGGCGUCCGUGGCUCUUCCCACAGCACUACUGGGUUUUCUUCUGGCUGCUUCUCAUGAGCAUCGCCUUUCUCCUCCUCAUCCGUGUCCUGGAACUGCAGAGGCUGCAGUCUGCAGCAUCAUCCAAGGCCUAGCUGGACAGGGGAGGGGGAGCUGAGAGGCAUCUCUGCUCCUUCCCGACAUCCUGAAACACCAAAACCUUAGAAUAAUAAAAAUGGGAGGAAAAAUGGGGGAAUUGUA